AGAUACCGCAAUUUCAGUUCAAUUCGAUGAAAUAACGAGUUUACAACUGCCACUCUACCCAUGACACAUAUUUUGAGCCCUGGGCGAGCUAUCCUCAAACACCGCGCUAUACUUUGUGAAUGGCAACUUGUCUGAAGCAGAGCCUUGCGACCGAGAAGAUGAUUCUGUCGUUGUGUGCCCCCUCAGAUAUCUCCUCUCUCACAACAGGACGCUCACAAAUCCCGCAUGUAGUCGAAGAACACAUUGAAAUGCUUCGCAGUGUCCUCCCAGACACGACAAUUAUAGCUGCUUUGGACAUCAUUUAUCGUGAGGAUGUCAUAAAGUACAAGACCUCUUGUAGCCAGCACCACUGCGAAGUUCUUGGCAUCACUUCAACAUACACCGUCUUUCCCCACCUCGAUGACUACAUCUACAGCCGUGUCUAGUUACUGCACCUGCCUAUCGUUCGUAUAUGCGGUGCUAGUAUCCGAGGACCGUCUCGUGUGUGUUUACGCCCCAAUGAAAUUCUACU